AUGACGAAAUUAGGGGUAAAUCCUUCAGCUGAGGGGCCCGAGGAGAAGAAGGAGAAAGACGUCGAGAAGGAUCCCAAGGUUUUCACCGUGAUUCAACCGUGUCCUCAAAUGGUCCCUGUGCAAAUGUCAAACUAUCCCGAGGCUCAUAGAAAGAAAUCUACCGGUGUAUGGGGAGUAUUGCUUCGUAUCGCUCUCAUCUCAAUCUUGUUCGCUUUGUUCGCCGUGGUUCUCGUCAUUGCAUUCAGCGGUCAAGAUGGAGUGCGCUCAAUUUUCGGACAAGAAAAGACGCUGAUUUUGGUGCCUGAAAAAAUCAUUUUGAACAAUGUCAAUUCGGAGAAGAAAUUUGGAGAAGAUCAGCCCGAAAAAGAUCAGCAAAAGGAAAUCGUGGCAAUCCCGAUGAAUAUGCCAGCUGAGAUGGAGGGACCACAAAGAGAUGACGAUGACGAUGACGAUGAGAGUGAAAGACCCGAGAUGCAGAUCGCAAUCAUGGCGAUGCCAGUGGGAACCGCUGAGGAGUCGGAAAAGGAUGGGUCGGAGAGAUCUGAGGAAUCGAAAGAAUCGGAAAGUGAGGCUGAUGAGCACGAAUCCGUUGGAGAUGAGGGUAUCGAUGGAAAUGAGGAGAGUGUGCCCGAUGAGGAGAAGUCUGAUCAAGAAAUGCCCGCUCAGGUUGUCGAGGGAGGGAACACUCCUGAUUUUGCCUCGAUCUGGGAAAUGCGACAGCAACAAGCAAUGCGCAUUUGGCGUCUUCGCCGCAUUCAACAAGCACUCUUCCAGCAAGAAAUGAUGAAAGAGAUCAUGGCCAGACAAAUCAUGCAAGCAAUGUCUCAGAAAGCUCAAGAACAGCAACAAAAUGAGAUGGAGCAACGUGUGGCUCAUUGGCAACAAAUGCAAAUGGCUCGUCUCCAACAACAAUGGCAAAUGAAAUCCGAGCAAGAACAAGCCUGGAAACAGCAACAAUUGAUGUGGGCUAUGCAAAAGCCACAAGCCGAGUACUGGCCUCAACCACAAAAUCAGCAAGAUGAUCAUCGAUCGAUUGCUUAUUGGAACUGGGCAAGACAACAACAGGCUGAGAUGCAAAGACGUCAGUGGAUACAAAUGCAAUACGCCCAACAACAACAUGCCGCUCAAUCAGAAGCCGAAUCUCGAGCUCGUGAACAAGAAGAGAGGAUGAGGGCUUGGCAACAGGCUCAGCAACAAGCGAUGACUGCUCAGCAACAAUGGUUGCAACAACAGGCCAUCGCCGCUCAACAGCAACAACAACAAAUGCAAGCUCAGCAACAACAAAUGCAAAUGCAACAAGCCGCUCAACAACAACAAAUGCAAAUGCAACAAGCCGCUCAACAAGAAUCCGUGCAACCCGUGCAACCCAUGCAACCCCAACAAUUCCCAGCCACCACUCAAACUCCACAAGCCGAGCAGGUGCCUGUUAGGCCACACGACGCUUCCGCUCAAGAAAUCGUCAACCAACUUCAAAACGCUCAGCCUCAACCGGCUUUCCAGCAGAUGCCAUCCGUUGAUGAUCGAGUCUAUCAACAUUUCCAGCAAAUCGCUCAAAACUUCAAUAGCGGCUUUGGAUUCCGUCCUACUUUUUCUGCCGUCCCGGAAAAUGAGGAACAAGCUCGAACUGAUGAGAUUUACAACGAAAUGCUCCGAAAAGCCCUUGAGAUUCGGGAUCAAGAUGAAAAUAUCACUGAUACUACGACAGCUGUUCCAGUUGAGAAGAGCACCGAGCCAGUGGUGAUCGAAGACUCGUUCCCUAAACUUAACGAGGCUAAAACCGUUGAUGGCGGAGAUGAUAAGACCGAGGAUGAAUCUGAUGAAGAGUCUGAAUCGAUUCCUGACGAGGAAAAGUCUGGAGAUCCACUUGCCGAGUUCUUCAGGUUUUUUCAAAACGAGGCCAUGAAAAUGGGUGAGCAGCCAGUGAUGAACGAUGAAGAGGAGAAGAAAGACGAUUCAUCUAUCCCCACCCCGGCCCCAUUAGCGGUCGGAAAUGCCGAGGUCGAUGCCGCAGAACCACAUAUCGUUGAAACCACCAAGACGAAAACCGCCGAAGAAGGAACCCAGACUGAGGCGGCUCCACAACCCGAUCCAAGCGCAGAAGUCGAACCACCGAAAUCGGCCGCCGAUCUUGGAGCUCCGCAACAAGAAGUUGAGAAAGACGAAGAACUUGACGAGAUCUCUGCUGAAGUGGGCAAAUUGGAGAAAGAAAAAGAAGCGGAGGAAGCAGCGGAACACGAGCAACAACAACAGCAACACGAUGAUGAGGAAGCAGAUUCGAAGGAGACAGAAAGACAAGAAGAGAAGUCGAAUGAAACAACGGAAAACGAGGAUGAAUCCAAAGAAACAGAAAGCAAUGAACACCCGGAGAGCUCCGAAAUGGCCGCUUUAGAAGCUCAAGCAGAGAUGGCACAACACUACGAUGAGAUGCUUGUGGAUCCAAUGCACGCGUUGAUGGGUCCCGAAAUG